AUGCAUCAGCCUCCGCCCGCUGAUCAGUCGACCUUCGACUCGCAGGCGCGGUACAACCUUCAAGCCACCGAAGAUGUCGACGACGAGCAGCAUUUUGUCGAGGAGGAAAAGAAGCGAACCAUACAGUUGCCGACAAGACCGAACUAUAAGCCGAAGCCGUUGCGAUGGCCGUUCAUUGCUGUCGUUAUUCUUCUGCUAGGUAUCCUCAUGACUUUGGCAUAUCCUAAUGUACCGGCAAAAUGCAACUUCAGGUGGGCAGUCAACAUCGGCCGAUCAACCGCCGUCAACGUCCCCGGCCGAAGUCAACUCCACACCGUCAACGCCCUCCUCCACGGCAACUGCUGUGCCGAAUUCUCCGACGGCAGCGAGCCUUCCUAUCAGUACCGCCCCCGACCUACCAACGAGUUCUGGAUCUCAAACUCAGGCAACAUCGGAACAGCCAUUACGGGCCUCGGAGUCAUCCACCCAACAGACUCGACGUCAUUCCCGCCGAAGACCACCGUGAAGACCACAAGCAUUUCUUCUGAGAGAGAUACUACAUCGUCUAUCAACUCGAAAGACAGCACCGUAUCAACAGGUCCAGCAUCCAGUUCCAAAACCGCCAAGCCAGGAACAACAAGCAGUUCAGACAGCACGUCAAAGUCUACAUCGUUGACAGAGUCAGAACGCAGUGUUGACGCAACUGCAUCAAGCACAGGCGGCCGACGGAAAGAGCGUCCGGCCAUCACCGAUAACAGUUCUGGACCCGAUAUCACGUCGUCCACGUCGAGUACCGGUCGAGAUCGUCUGGUAAGGCUGCCCGUUAUCACCAGCGAAUUCACGACCACUAUCACCGAACCGGGCACUACCUUCGAAUUUACCACAGCGAUCACCACCACUGUGUCUUCGACCUUCACGUCAACCGGAAAGACAACAGUAUCCGCGACCGCCGGCAUAUUAACGCACACUGAUGUCCGCACAACUAGCAUACCGCGCACGAUCACAAGAUCCGCAAUGACGACCUUCCCCUCCGUGACAAUAAUACCGGUCGGGCCAACCAUAACCAGUAUCGAAACCAUUAGCGACGAGAAGACUACGUAUUACCAAACGACCACAAGAACUGUAGGAUCAUUCAUCACAUCGACAGCACAACACACCGUAUCGGAAGUCGUGGAGACCUCAUUUGAGCCCAUAGAAAUUACGUACACCUCGACGUCAGCUUUUACCGUGCCACCGCGCACAAGCGAUGUCACUUCCGUCAUCGUCAGUGCCGUGCCGUCAACUGUCGCAUCCGUCGUCACAAGUACAAGCCCUCCUCAGGUUUAUGUGUCAGUGGGAACCACCGAGAUUACCAAGUUCAUUACCGUUCCCGGUGGGAACCGAGGCAACGAGCCGCAGACCCAGCCUCCAGUCUUUCAGGUCAUCACCAGCGUUGUUGAUGGGAAGGUCGAGACAUUUGUGGACAAGGGCACUCCUCAAACCAUCGUGAAGAGCGAUGGUGGAGUAUACACUGUCGCCUUUACGCCGCCUCCACAGACAGUUGUAACACAUGAGGGAGGACAGGCAACCCAGAUGGUCAUCACAGUGACGCCUUCUCCAGAGGUAGCCUUCGUCGCCGUUCCAACGACGAAGGAUGGUACACCGACUGUUGUUGUAGUUCCUUCGACUUUCAAUCCAGCAGGGCCCGGCGCAUUCAAAGAGAUGCCCACCACGAUUAACGGAAAGGCGACCGUAGUCAAUGUUCCUGUCACUCAAGAGCCAGUACUGCUGGCUGUGCAGACAACUAUUGACGGCAUACCAACCGUCUUAUGGGUCAAUUCUGUGCCAACAGCAGGCUUCAGUCCCAUUUCAUUGACCCUAGUGUCAGAGAUUGGCGGCAUUACCGGCGUAUUCACGACAACAGACUUACCAGAGACUGUCAAGACAACGAUAGACGGCAAGGAGACUUCCAUAAUAAGAACGCCGGGACCACGGACGUUCACCUCGGUAUCGGGAGGGACUCUGACGACCAUGACCAUCAUCACUACCCCGACCGGCACAAUGCCUCUGUCAUUCACGGUAAUCACAACCAUAGGAGGCACCUUAAGUACUAUCGUAUCCACUCCCACGCCUACUACGUUCACCACCUCUAUCUCGGGCACAUUGAGGACCAUUACCUCCACGCCAAGUCCCACAACUCGCUUGUCAACCAUCAAGCCCUCCACCACUCUCAUCACCUCCACGACCAAACCAACAUCAACAGACAGCCCGGAUCGAGUCAUAACCGAGAUCGAAAAGUUCAGUUUUACCAAUGGCGACUACUUCGUCGGGAAGUUCCUCCCAAUUAUCCUUGCAGUCAUGAUUGCGGUUCCCCUCCGGAUCAUCGACCUCAACGCCAAGCUGUACCAGCCUUUCCACGCCCUCGCACAGAAAGGAGGUUCUCUAGGGAAAAGCAGCAUGACCUUGCAAUUUGACGGCUGGAAAGGCUUCUUGACCCCCUUUGAGACGACGGAAGCUAUCGGGAUGAAACUCCAUGGCACUUGCAAGAUCACAGCAAUCGAGGGCUGUGGCAUCCAGUUGGGUGUCUCUCCCAUGUCAAGCUACGCCCUAGUCACCCUGAUCGCCUCCAUCAUAGUUUUGCUUCUCGUCUUACUCUUCUUCCUUCGGACUUGGGAAACAGGCCUCCAUGCCAACCCCUGGAGCGUAGCCGGGAUCUCCUCCCUUGCGCGUAACGCGGACAUUCGGUCGCAUCAAAUCGACUUCAAAGCCAGCGCAAAAGCGAUGAGAGAGAAGCGAUAUGGUUUUGGGUACUUCGAAAACAAUCUCGGCCGCGACGAGUACGGCAUCAUCUACUGUGACGACUCAGCCCAGACUCUCCAAGGCGCAACAGCUUCUGGCGCAAUUCCAGCAGACGACGAACUCACUGGCGCGUACCAAAGGGAUAUUGCAAAGAAAAGCCGUAAGCCGGUGCCUUUCAUUGCACUUACGUGGUGGUGGCGACUCGGGUUCAUCUUCUUCCUCGCUGCCUUGUUUAUCAUCAUAUUGUACUACCAUCUCACACUGGGCGUUCGGAAUUCUUUCAAAGACUUCAUGGAUAGUCAGACGUUUGGCGUUCGGUUCUUUUUCGCGGCGUUGGGUGUUACCAUUAUCUUCUGCUGGGAGUCUAUUUUCAUCAGCAUCGCAAUAAUCAGCCCCUACCACAACAUGGGUCGUCGCUCCCAGCCCCCGGAGAAAUCUAUCCUCUUGACUCGUCCAACGAACGGUUUCUACGGACUCUACGCGGCGAUAUUGGAGGGCAGCAUCAUUCUGAUGCUGGCAGCUUUCAUGUCCAUCCUUGCCGAAUUCCUGCCGAUUCUCUUCGCGAACGUGCCGUACAACCUGACGCAGACUCUAAAAUCCCACAAUGUCUGCGCCACCAUCAGCCUUACGAUUCUUGCGCUCAUGUUGGCCUCCAUGGUAGCAAGUCUAUUCAUCAAAUGGCCCGAGCUGCCAGUCGAUCCGCGCAGUAUCGCCGGAGCGUUGUACUACGUCGCCGAGAGUCGGAUGCUGGAGGACUUCGAGGGACUUUCGAAGCUGGACUCUGGAGAGAGGGAAAAGAAAGUCAAGGAGCUUGGGCGGAGGUACUUUUAUGGAGGCCUCACGGGUAGUAAUGGUAAAAGAAUGGGCGUUGAAUCAGUCGAGAGCGUUGAGGACACAGCAUAUACUGGUGGUCACUGGUUCUUACCUCCACAAGACGACCAACAGGGCGAUGAAGAUAAUCGAGGGGAGGGGGUGCAGGAAUCUGAGGUACCUCAUCAAUCCGAGCAGACUUUGCAUUCGGAGAGGGGGCAGGGGGUCAAUCAAGAGGAUGACAUCGAUCGAGCAGCCCUGCUACCAGAACCCGCACGGCUUCGAGAGGCGAAGCAGGGUCCUGAAGGAUUCAUUUAA